AUGUUCUCCAAGGCUUUGUCAAUUGCCACCAUUGCGCUUGCCGCUUCGGCAUCUGCUCAGACCUUCACCGCCUGCAACCCUUUGAAGAAGACGUGCCCUGCUGAUCCAGCCUUCGGCAAGCAAACAACCUGCGACUUCACCAAGGGUGCCUGCUCCGCAUUCAAGGAAGCCGAUGGUACUAAGCUUUCCUACAAGGACAAUGGUGCCGUCUUCGCCAUCCAGACGGAGACCAACGCUCCCACCAUCAGCACCGGAAAGUACAUCUUCUUCGGUAAAGUUGAGGUAGUCAUGCAGGCUGCCCCCGGUGCUGGUAUCGUUACCUCGUCCGUCCUGCAGUCCGAUGAUCUUGAUGAGAUUGACUGGGAGUUCGUCGGCUCUGACAACGCUCAGGUUCAGACCAACUACUUCAGCAAGGGUGACACCAGCACCUAUGACCGUGGCGCGUACCAUCCUGUUGGCAACCCUACUGGCUCAUUCCACACGUACACCGUCGAGUGGACUUCUACGCAGGUCAACUGGAUGAUUGACGGCAAGAGCGUUCGUGUCUUGAGCGCCGCUGCUGUCGGUGGCAAGUUCCCCCAGACUCCCAUGCAGAUCAAGCUUGGAACCUGGUGCGCUGGUGGCAAGAACUCUCCUGAGGGUACCCGUCAGUGGGCUGGUGGUUUCACCGACUUCUCCAAGGCUCCUUUCAACGCCUACUACAAGAGCGUCAGCAUCACCGACUACGCUGGCAAGGACAGCCCUGCCAACGGUGGUAUCAAGGAGUACAUCUACGGUGACAACACCGGCACCUGGCAGAGCAUCAAGGUCGUCAAGGGCGAUGGCAGCAGCGACGACUCUUCAUCCUCCGCUUCUUCCACCAAGGCUUCUGCCACCAACACCAAGACCAGCUCCGACAAGGCUUCUACCACCAAGGGCUCCGACUCAUCAAAGACUUCUGAUGUCAAGACUACCAUGACCACUGCCGCCUCUACUGGCUCUUCCAACUCUACUGGCAGCGCCACCGUUACCAGCCCUCCUCAGACCACUAGCUCUGCUCCCACCACUGUUCCUACCACCAGCGUCCCCGGUGCCGCUCCUCGCAGCGCUGCCGCCAUUGGCGGUGCUCUCCUGGUUGGUGCCGGUGUUGCUGUCGCCCAGCUUUUGCUGUAA